AUCGCGGCCGCCUCUCCGCAGAAAAAUCUCCCAAAUUCCCCACCACCUCGCAACCCUAAUCAGCUUUCUCCACCAAAUCCCAAUCGCGACGACCUCCUCGUCAAGCACCUCCAGAUCUACCCCGCCCCAGCAGCCAUGGCGGAGACCCUCGACAUGACCCUCGACGACAUCAUCAAGAACAACAAGAAGGGCAACCCCUCGUCCGGAGGCGCUGGCAGCCGCCGCCGCGAGGGCCGCCGCGGCUCCGCCUCUGGCGGCAGCGGCGCAGCCGCGGCCGCAGCCGGAGGCGUCGGCCCGAACCGGCGCGCCUUCAAGAGGUCGGGGAACAGGGCGGCGCCCUACCAGCCGCCGAAGGCUCCGGAGUCGGCGUGGCAGCACGACAAGUUCGCGGACGUCGGGGCGAGAGGCGGCGCCGGCGGGAGGGUCUCGGCUAUCGAGACCGGAACCAAGCUCUUCAUCACCAAUUUGGACUUCGGCGUCUCGAGCGAGGACAUCAAGGAGCUGUUCUCUGAGCUGGGUGAUCUGAAGCGAUGCUCAAUUCACUAUGACAGAAGUGGGAGGUCUAAGGGAACAGCUGAGGUAAUAUUUGCCAGGCGUGGAGAUGCUAAUGCAGCGUUGAAGAAAUAUAACAACGUGCAACUUGAUGGAAAGCCUAUGAAGAUAGAGAUACUUGGGACCAACACUCCUACAGCUCCAGCUGCACUUCCAGCCAAUAACGGAAACUAUGCUAGGAAUGUUUCUAGGAGCGCACCAAGGAGUGCCCCAGCUGGUUUGCCACAGAGUAGACCCCGUGCAAGGGGUGGGAGGGGUCGUCGUGGUGGCGGUGCUGGCGGCAGUGGAUCUGGCGGUCGUCGUGGGAAAGAGCGUAAUCAGCCAAGGUCUGCUGAAGAACUUGAUGCUGACUUGGACAACUAUCAUGCAAGUGCGUCACCGAUGCAGACCUAAUUUGGUAUCUUCACAAUGUUGAUAUUUCAACAUAAAAUUUGAAGGGGGUGCUGCUUUGUUCCCGCUUUUUGUGCUUCUAUGUUCGAGGGACAACAAAACCUUUUGCUUGUCAGGCUCUGCACUUACUGAAUUGUAUGGGUUUCAUGUGUCUACAUAGAACUAUAGUUAAGUGGAUGCUGGUCAACACUACUGUUAUGAACAUUACUUGGUUGCCUUUA